CAGGGGCCAGGAGAGGCAGGGCAGGAUGGAGAGGAGACGGGUCACCUCGGCUGCCCGCCGUUCCUAUGUCUCCUCGGAGAUGGUGGUGCGGGGCCUGGGUCCCAGUCACCGCCUGGGGCACAGCAUCCGUCCCCAGCUGGCUCGAAUAAUGCCUCCACUCCCAACCAGAGUGGACUUCUCCCUGGCCGGGGCACUCAAUGCCGGCUUCAAGGAGACACGAACCAGUGAGCGGGCAGAGAUGAUGGAGCUCAAUGACCGCUUUGCCAGUUACAUCGAGAAGGUUCGCUUCCUGGAGCAGCAGAACAAGGCACUGGCUGCUGAGCUGAACCAGCUGCAAGCCAAGGAGCCCACCAGGCUGGCAGACGUCUACCAGGCUGAGCUGCGUGAGCUGCGGCUGCGGCUUGACCAGCUCACUGCCAAUGGUGCCCGGCUGGAGGUGGAGAGGGACAACCUGGUGCAGGACCUGGGCACCCUGAGGCAGAAGCUCCAAGAUGAAACCAACCUGAGGCUGGAGGCUGAGAACAACCUAGCUACCUAUCGACAGGAGGCAGAUGAAGCCACCCUCGCCCGUCUGGACCUGGAGAGGAAGAUCGAGUCCCUGGAGGAAGAGAUCCGGUUUUUGAAGAAGAUUCAUGAAGAGGAACUGCAAGAGCUCCAGGAACAACUAAAUCGGCAGCAGGUCCAUGUGGAGCUGGAUGUGGCCAAGCCAGACCUCACAGCAGCCCUGAGAGAAAUCCGCACACAGUACGAAGCAGUGGCAUCCAGCAACAUGCAAGAGGCAGAAGAGUGGUACAGGUCCAAGUUUGCUGACCUGAACGAUGCUGCUGCCCGAAAUGCUGAGCUGCUCCGCCAGGCCAAGCAUGAAGCCAAUGACUACAGGCGCCAGCUGCAGGCCACAGCUUGUGACCUGGAGUCCUUGCGUGGCACAAACGAAUCCCUGGAGAGGCAGAUGCGGGAGCAGGAGGAGCGCCACUCACGGGAGGCAGCAAGUUACCAGGAGGCACUGGCCAGACUGGAGGAAGAGGGGCAGAACCUCAAGGAUGAGAUGGCCCGCCACCUGCAGGAGUACCAGGACCUGCUCAAUGUCAAGCUGGCCUUGGACAUUGAGAUAGCCACCUAUAGGAAGCUGCUGGAAGGAGAGGAGAACCGCAUCACUAUUCCUGUGCAGACUUUCUCCAACCUGCAGAUCCGAGGGGGCACCAAAGAAGGGGAAAGUCACAAGGUCACAAGACAUCUCAAAAGCUUCACAGUACAAAUUGUACCAAUACAGGUUCACCAGAUUGUAAACAGAGCCUCACCAGCUCUCGAAACCAGCCUGGACACCAAGUCGGUGUCAGAAGGACACCUUAAGAGGAACAUCGUGGUGAAGACCGUGGAGAUGCGGGAUGGAGAGGUCAUUAAGGAGUCCAAGCAGGAGCAUAAGGAUGUGGUGUGAGGUCAGCGCACAGGGGACCCCUGCCCAUGGCAGAGGGGCCUGUGGCAGGAGAGGGGAGAGUUGUCCCUCCUCUGAGAGUUACUAUCCCCAAACCUUAGUUCUACCCCACCUCCCAUUCCCCUACCCCCUCCGGCUUUGCUGGCUUGCUGCCUUAGGCUGUGUCAGCAGUGGCCUUCUAGGCAGCAUCCACUUGCAUCUAGCAACUCCUACUAACAGGACUCUGUCCCCGAAAGGUGGCCUGGAGGGGUGUGACCUGAAGCUGGGGUUAGAACUGGGAGAGGAAGAAAGAAGUUAGGGAGAGCUUGAGGAGGUAAAAAGUCAUAUCCCUAAUCCCCGUUGUCAUGGCAACUGUUGCCCAAACCUCAUGUCUCUGGGGUACCAGGGAAGUGGGCUUCCUAAGCUUCCUAAGGCAGCUAGAGAGAAAUUCCAGGAAACUGGAAGCAGCAAGGGGGCUGCUGGCAAGGGAACUCCAGCCAAAAGCUAGUUCUUCUAGACUGGCCCUGUCCAGCUAGAGCGUGGGUAGAGCUCCUGCCACCUGGAGUGGCUCAUAAGGGGGCCUCCUUGGCCUGCUGGGGUGUAGGAGAGGAUCCCCCAGUGUCUUAGCCCCACCAAGUUGCCAGGCAGCAGCUGCAGGCCUUUACUUGGGGGUCUCUAUACUGUAAGUAGAAAGAGGCAGAGUGCUGAGAAGUAAUAAGGGAGGGGGUUGCCUGACCCUUAUGUGUAAGUAGAGAAAGGUCAAGUCCAGAAAGAUUUCACCUCAUACAGGCUGGAAGAGGGGCAAGUGGAGAUGGUGGAAGGGGCAGCUAGAUGGUGGCAGGCACGGGGGUCACCAGUUCCAUUUGAUCUCUAGGUUACAGGAAUCACAAAAGGAACUCAUCCUCUGAAGAUAAUUAAAUGUGGGUGGAGGGAGACCAUCCAGGGAGGCAGGGCAAAAGUGCUAAGACUCCUCCCUUGCUGCAUAAUUCCCCAGGCCUCUGAAUCCCUGUAGCUGCUGCCCUCCUCCCAUCCCUGCAAAUACUGCUGAGUGAAGCUGCUUCCACAAGGCUGACCUUCUCCACACCUCACCUGCUGCUUUUCCCAAAGUCCAGGUCCCUGUGGUCCCUUCUAAUUCUAAUGAAUCCCUAUAUUUCAAGUUGUAACCCUACAUUAUAAUUCAGAAAACUGAGGCAUAAGUAGAGGAAGACACUGGGUCGUGUUUUUGUAGUCUGGAGGGCUAGGCGGUGGACAGUUGGUCAGAUGCUCUAGCAUCUGCUUUCCCUGGGCAGACUGGAGUGCUGAGAUGAGGCAGACACCUAUAAGGCCAAAGUGGUGGUGGGAGAAGUGGGACUUGCUCCCUCUUCCCAAGAAUUGGUGCUCCCCUCCACACACGCUCCGUCCUGCUACCCAUUGCUGCUAACCUCCAGGGCACCUCUGCUGCCUUUAUUCACUGUGGAUUAAUAAAGUACACUGCUUCUGCCA